UUGCUGCCAGUCCUCUCUCUGCUUUAGCCUAAAAAAAAACGUCAAAAUGUAUGAUGUUUUUGGCUCUAUCCGGGGUCUACUGAAGAUAGACUCCGUCAGUAUCGACAAUAAUAUAUUUCGCAUGCACUACAAGGCGACUAUGUUCGUCCUAGUGGCCUUCAGUUUGCUAAUAACGCAGAAGCAGUACUUCGGGGACCCCAUAGACUGUAUCGUGGAAGGUGUGGACCCAGGCAUCAUGGACACCUACUGCUGGAUCCACUCCACCUUCACCAUCCCUUCCCUGACGGGUGCUGUGGUGGGAGAGGAGGUGCCUCAUCCUGGUGUGGCUAACCCUGCCAUACACGGCCCUGACGACCAGUUUCAGAUAAAACACCAUAAAUACUACCAGUGGGUCACACUCUUCAUGUACUUUCAGGCUAUCCUGUUCUACAUUCCUCGGUAUUUGUGGAAGAUCUGGGAAGGCGGUAAGGUGAAAAUGCUUGUGAUGCAGCUGAACUCUCCCAUUUUGGACGAUGAUGUGAAGUGGGAGCGCAAGGCCAUGUUGGUAGAUUAUUUCAGUGUUAAUCUACACAACCACAAUUUCUAUGCAUUUAGAUUCUUCUUGUGUGAACUUCUCAACUUUAUUAAUGUCAUUGGCCAAAUCUACUUCACUGACAGAUUCCUGGGUUACGAGUUCACGACAUAUGGUACUCGUGUCGUUGAAUUCAGUGAGCAAGAACUUGGCACUCGUCAUGACCCCAUGGAUGAGGUUUUCCCUAAAGUGGCUAAGUGUACCUUCCACAAGUAUGGUGCAUCAGGCACAAUUGAGAGGCAUGAUGGUCUCUGUGUACUUCCUCUCAACAUUUUCAAUGAGAAGAUCUACAUUUUCUUGUGGUUCUGGUUUAUCAUUGUGGCUGUGAUAUCUGGAGUUGGUCUUCUGUACCGCUUGGCCACGUUCACCCCAGCCUUCAGACAGAUCCUCCUCCGGACUCGCUCUCGCCUUGCAUCCUCUGACAAUGUGGAAGCCAUCUCCCGGACAGGCCCCCACUUGUUACGGUUCAAAUCUUAAUCUUUAGCCAGGUUA